AUGUCCAGACUGAGACUAUAUGGCUUAGAGGAUGCAAUAACGAAAGCGCAUCUCGGUUUGAAAGCCAGCCUGUUAGGAGACCGGCUGCACCUAGCUUUCCAAUCUAGACUCAAGAAUAUGCCUUCAACAUUAAUGUAUCAAACUUUCACCUGGCGACGGACCUGCAUCCGCUGCGCUCGCCACCCCGAGGGCGAGAGAGAAGGCGUGCACGAACUGGUGGCUCUCGUGGCGGUGUCUUGCACGCUAUUCCUCUUCCUCCACACGCGCGACCUGAGCACCAAGCUGCGGCGCAUGCAGGGUCGGCUCAACGAUGACGUCACCGCUUUCAACCACCUCACCGACAGUGAGUACCUUACUACCUCCAUUUGA